UUUAUGUAGUCACUCUAAUACGACUCCUGCCGUCCGUCCUUUAGCUGAAUCCUCUCCACCAUCGCUUCAUAAUCACAUAUCAUCAUCUCAUCCACCUUCCUCCUCCUAUAAAACACAAAACUUCAUCCUCCACAGCUUCAAUUGAAACCGCAGAAUUGAAGAGUAAUUAACAUGGCCAUGGCCACCGGUACCCUUUUCACCACCACUCUCCUACUUCUAGCAUUCUCUCAUGUCCUAGCCCGCCCCGGCCCCGGCCCCGCCCGCCCUGGUCCCGCCUUCCACGACGUCACUCCCAUGGAGACUCAACGCGCUGAUCACAACGAAGCACAGAGGGUGGUGAUGGAUCGGGAUAAAUGCGUGGGGCUGGGAGAAGACGAGUGCAUGAUGAGAAGAACGCUGGAAGCUCAACUUGAUUACAUCUAUACACAGAAGCAGAGGCAGCCAUGACGCCCGCAAGAUGUUCCAUGUGAAAAUUGUUCAUACAUAUAUCCUGUGUUUGUCGUCAUAAGCUUUGCUUAUCUAUGUAUUUAUAUAUUGCAUUUGUGUCCUCUACGAAAAAAUCCAGCUUUGAAGGGAGGGCGUCAAUUAAUUACUUCUACAGUUGUUUGCAAAAUGUUUCAAUGUAUGGAUUGGAUGGGAAUUCUGAGGAUUGGGUGUGUGUAUGUAAUCAUCAUCAUUAUUAUUUAUUACUAUAUCAUUUA